GCCUGUAAGUUUUUUUUCUCAUCUGUUUUGUUCUUAUUCUUAUGUAUGCGAUUCAUUUAAAAAGGAAAAAGAAAAAAAUUAAAAGAAAAAACCAAUUAAAGAAUAUUUACGAGUUCUGGAAUAUCUAUGUACAAAAACGGUAGAACUCGUUAUUUGAUUGUCAGUUUUCUGUGGGCUGAUUCCUGUAUUCGACAUUGGAUCCAGCCUUGAGUUUUGAGUGUCAGCUGUGCGAUCUCUCUCGUUUCCCUGUGAAACAGUACAGAGAGAGUGAUUGUGUGUGUUUGACGACAUGGUUUCUAAGUCUUCAACUCUUCAUAGCUGAAACAAGUAAGCUCUCUCUGUUUGAUUUAAACUCAUUUGAUGUAUUUGUUGACUGGCCUUCAGACCACUCUGGUUUACAUUCUAUGCAAUGCCCACAUUUUUAAUAGUAUUCCUUAUGGUUUUCUUCAUCAAAGUAAAUGAGAUGGUGGGCUAUGGCACUAGUUUAUUUCGGUGAAAUUUCUCGUUAAGAUCUACAUAUUUAUUUGCCCCAAGUGGAAGAUUGUUAGAAUUGGAGCUAAGCUUUGUUCUUUUAAGUUUCUCCGUCUAAACUUUUAGACCAUUUAGUAUUUUGCUGUAUGGGGAUAUAUUCAUGUUGAUGUUUCAGCUAUGGAACCCAAAUCUCCUUCGAAACUCAAGUUAUCAAUCAUGGGUUUCGCUCAUUAUAAAAGGGCAAUAAAGAUAAGUGUUGUCGUUUUAGUUGUGGUUCUGCUAUUGGUUGGUGCCCUUUUCGUAUUUAAACUCGGGGAAGGUCGUAGGGUGUCUAAAGGGUCUUAUUAUACUGUGGUUGUGGACUGUGGUAGCACAGGAACGCGAGUGAAUGUGUAUGAGUGGGUAGAAAAAGAUGCAAAUAAGAUGGAGUUGCCCAGUUUGUUGCAUUCUUAUCCUGAUAAUUUAACCAAUGGUUCACUUCUGAAAACUUCUUGCAAGUAUCACUGUAUGCAAACUGAACCCGGUUUAGAUAAGUUUGUCGGCAAUUCAUCUGGUGUGAGAGCAUCUUUGGAACCAUUGAUUACUUGGUCAGAAAAGAUUGUACCUUUCGAAAGACAUAAGGACACUCCUAUUUUUGUUUUAGCUACUGCUGGACUGAGAAGGUUAGCAAUUGAGGAAAGUAGGCAGGUUUUGGAGGAUGCUGAAACUAUUGUAAAGGAACAUUCCUUUUCGUAUAAAAGGAGUUGGAUAAGAGUGUUGAGUGGGAAGGAAGAGGCUUACUAUGGUUGGGUUGCUCUGAAUUAUAAAAUGGAGAUCUUUAGGCAUCAUUUGAGGUCACCCACCUUGGGACUUCUCGACUUAGGAGGUUCAUCUUUGCAGGUUGUGAUGGAAGUAGAUAGUAUGAAGAAAGACACCCACUUCAUGAGGUCAAGAUUUGGAUUUAUUGAACAUAAUAUUUUAGCGUACUCGUUGCCAGCAUUUGGCUUGAACGAAGCAUUUGACAGAACAGUUGUUUUGCUCAGUCACACAGAAGCCCUCGGAGAAAGCACUGGGGGUAUACUAGAGUUGAGGCAUCCCUGCUUUGGCCCUGGUUUCGUGCAGAACUAUACCUGCUAUGGUUGUUUUGGGCUAAAUGUUGGUGACCGGGAAAAUAAUAGUGAACUUCACAAAAUUGAAUAUCCUUUUUUAUAUCUGGUAGGAGUUCCAAACUGGGAGCAAUGCAAAACACUAGCAGGUGCUGCUUCUCUCAAUUCAAGUAGUUUGGACUGGCCAUCAACGACUGGAGCAGACUAUAAGUCGAGCUUUUGUAUUGAUAGGAGUGGUGGUUUACUCAAUUUGACAGCUUUUGCUCACCCAUCUGCCCGGUUUCAUGCUUUAUCUGGUUUUUUUGCUGUUUACGACAAAUUGAAUUUGAGUCCAAAAGCAAACUUGACAAAGGUUUGGGAGAAAGGUCAGCAUCUAUGCUCAAAAUCUUGGGCUGAUAAGAGCAGUGUUUCUGGAAACCAAUAUUAUGAUGCACAUUAUUGUUUUCGAGUGCCUUACAUGGCUUCUCUGAUUGAAGAUUCUUUGUGUCUUGAUGAUAAAGAGAUUUUCUUCGGUCCUGCGGAUGUUUCUUGGACAUUAGGAGCUGCAUUAGUCGAAGGAGAAUAUCUAUGGUUAUCUACUGCGACAUCCCAGAUUAGUACUUUAAACUUACAUGUGCAAUUCAUGUCAUCUCCUAUAUUUGUAUUUGUUGUACUAGUAGGCCUUCUAUUGAUUGUUUACCGUAGUCAAUUCAAGUUGCCUAUGCUUAGCAAGAGAGGUGCUGCUCCUGGAGCUUCUUUACAUUCCUACUUCAAUCAAAGACGUCGACCAAACUAACUUUUACCACAGAUACAUGGAAGUAAUUAGACUAAUAUUCAGUACCUACUUU